GAUGAUUUUUCGUUUUCACAUUCCAUCCGUGGCCGGUGUUUGCUCAUCAUUGAACUAAUUUUCAUUGACUAAUAAUUUGUGAAAAUUGAAUUUUGCGAUAAAAGAUCAUAAAAUACAAACGGAUUCUAAAUCUUUAAUACGGCACUUUCAAGUUGGAAUAGAUUUUCUCCCUUGAAAGGCUAUUUAAUAGGUGGGAAUUGACUCCGUUUCAGAGCUUUCCAUCUUCGCCAACAACAGUAAUAGCCCCGUCAGCAGGGUUGCGAAAAAUCAAUUGAAAGUGAAAAUCUAUUUGCUCAUUCCUAUUGGAGUUCGGUGAAUUUUUAGAGAUGUCAUCAACUGGUGAUUGUUUUGUGGCGCAAGCACCAAAUACUGGCGAAAAUACAAUCAUCUUCGGACGCAACUCGAUAGACGCGGAUGCUGUAACGGAAGCACAAGAGGUUCAUUAUUUCGAUGCCAGCACUGCGCUGGAGGGGAAGCCCGAUGGUGGCGCAGAUGUGGUUAAAGCAAAUGGAGAAAUUUUGCGUGUGAUAUUGCAAAAAAGUCGUGCUGGUGCUUGGGGCGGUGACGUGGGUGCCAAUGACCAUAACGUAUGUGUGGCCGUGUCUUGGGCUGCGCAGGAGCCAGCUAGUGAUAGCGAUUCGCUUAGUUCGACUGAUAUAGUGCGUUUAACUUUGGCUAUCGCCAACAGCGCUGUUGACGCCGUGGAACGUAUUGGUACUUUGGUAUCUAACCAUGGCGUCGACGAUGCAAAAUUUAGUUUUAUUGUCUGUGAUCCCCGCGAGGUAUGGCUGGUUAGCAGCGGCGGUAAGUUGUGGGCUGCGCAACAUGUAACCGAUGGACUGUUGCGCAUAACUAGUAAUGGACUCGGAGUAAAUACUACAAUCGAUAAAUCAAGUGAAGCGUUAGGAGAAAAGCUCAAGGCGCAGGGACUCUGGGAUGGCGAGGGCGAUUUAAAUUUCGCCAAAUGCUUCGAUGCGAGCGAUGCAACAGUUGCGGAAUGGAGCGGUGACACGCCCAACGGUGAUGGUAGCUACACUUUGACUAGCAUGUUUGAUACACUGCGCUCAGCAGCCGAUGGCGCAACGGCUCGGUCGGCUACUGUUUCUGUGCUAACAACUGGCAUUUCAUGCCAUUGGUUCACGGCAACACCCAAUGCUAGUGAAUCAGUCUUUAAACCAUUCGUCUUUGCGCCCAACCCGAAAAUUUCACCACUCACCAAAGUGCCACCCGAUAACACUCUCACCCUUUUGCACAAAUUACACGCACAACGUAAACCAGCUGCUGUAGAAGAUUUGAAAGCCCUAGAGACUGCUUGUGUUGAAGAGCUAAACAGCUACUUGGCCGAACAUCCAACAGCUGAUGAAGAAUUGGAUGAAUUGAUGAAGGACUGUGUGGAAGCGGAAGUGAAAUUCUAUCGCUAAAGAGGAGAAUAUGAGGAGAGAGUAAAGGGAAAAGCAACGAUAGUAUUUAGGGCACUAUUAAAAAAGAAAAGCAAACGAGAGAAAAACGUACGCAUAAGUAUUAAAAAGCUUUUAGUACCACAUUUUUUUUAACGGACUUUUGAAAAAUACCGGGUGUUCUAAUUUAAAAGCGACCGAAUUUUUAGUAUAUAUUUUUUCUGGUGAUAUUUAUUUAUUUUUUUAUGUGUGAUUUCGGUUAUUUGCGCAUUUAAGCGAUUUUCAAAUAAUUGUCAUAGCUAAUUUUAAGUCAAAAGGGUCUGAUUUUCAAUUGAAAUAUUUUUAUAUGGACUUCUGUACGUAAGUGCAAAUACAAGGAUAAUGUAAGCCAUGUAUUAAAAUAAUUAAAUGUAUGAAACAUUCCUCAAUGCUUUGUUAACACUUGAGCCGCGAUUUCUUAUGUUAAUAAUUUAAUUUUAGUGCGUAAAUUAAUUUAAUUUACAUAUACAGCACGUGCUAUUUAACUGCUUCAGUUAUGCUUAUUUUGGUGUAAUUUUUCCUUGAUUUGUGUGAUUUUUUUAAAGCCAUUCUAAAGUAUUCCAGCGCUUGCAUGCAUUCAUUCAAUGAAUAUUAUUUACAAACUUAUCAAUAUAUAUAAUAUAUUUAAGAUCGAUACCAAUGCACAUAACAAAUAACAUUAAAUACGAUAAGCUUGCAACCUUAAAGUAAUUCUUGCGAAAUUAAAUUUAUGAAACAAUACGUAUUGAAAGUGAAUUAAAAAUGCAAAAGGAAAUUAACGCUAUGUAUUCUAGAAAUUAAGUCCAUUCACUUAAUCUCGUUGAAACAAAUAGAGCGAAAAAAAUCUCAAUGUACUACGAAUAGAACCGCGAUUAUAUAAAUUUCAUACGCAUUUACAUAUAUUUAUAUGCAUACACAUAAAUACUUGCAUAAUUACGUUUACGAAUACAUGAUGACAUACAUAAAUCAGUGAUACAAUUGAGAUUAUGAAAAAUAUGUACUCUUAUUCAAUUCAUUCAAAACUGCGCGUGCACCAAAAUGAUGAAUAAAACGAUUGCAAUUACGAUAAAGCUGAAAGCAAAUAA